UACGAUUAGAUCGGGAUGCGCCGGGGCAAAAAAAUGUUGGGCCAAGAAUUUCCAGCCAGUCGAGGUGUUUCUCUUGUACUCGAUCAUUCAUGUCCACCACCAUGAAGCAUCUCAUCAGCAUCCCAUGCAAAGCUGGACCGUCACGGGCGUCACGCCCAUUCUCCAAGCUGCCGCCGAUGAGUCCUGCCGGUCCCCCUCGUCAAUCUCUAUCGACAAUGUCGAGACAUCUCUCGCCUCAUCCUUCCUCUAGACUCAAACACGCUCGAUCCGGUACCUCUACAGCUUCCUUGAGUGCAGAAUCGACAGGGUCCACCUUGGGAACUCUUACCAACGAUGACAUUCGAAAAGUCUGGUUGGCGAAGAACAAGGCGUUCCAAGAUGCCAGAUCGAAGAGGAAUCAAACGCUAUUAUUCUAUUCUUUGGGAGCGGUCUUCAUCAUGGGCGGCGUGACUUACGCCGCCAUACCCCUCUACAGAGCAUUCUGCAGUGCCACUGGAUUCGCUGGAACACCCAUUACUGAUCCUACUCGGUUUUCCCCCGAUCGACUGUAUACGACCCCGGAGACGGAAGGACGAAAACGAAUCACUGUCCAUUUCCAAGCGACAUCCAGCGACGUCUUGCCUUGGAAAUUUGAACCUCAACAGAGGACCGUGAGGGUCUUACCGGGUGAAACGGCUCUCGCCUUUUACAGGGCAAAGAAUACCAGUGAUAAAGAUAUCAUUGGCAUUGCGACUUAUAACAUGACCCCGGAUAAGAUCGCCCCGUACUUUGCCAAAGUGGAAUGUUUUUGUUUCGAAGAACAACGUAUCCGAGCAGGAGAAGAAGUGGAUCUCCCAGUCUUCUUCUUCAUCGACCGUGAUAUCAUGGAUGAUCCUGCACUGGAGAAUGUGGAUGAUAUAAUCCUCAGCUAUACAUUCUUCAAGGCUCGACGGAACGAUAUGGGCCACGCCAUACCUGAUGCUUCCGAGGAGGCUGUUUUGAAGUCUCAAGGGUUCGAUCAAUACGAGCACGCGCCAGUCAAGGCGUCUGCCGCUGCUGCUGUGUGAAUAGCGCUCAAACUCCGACACGAAGAGCGGCGAUGGAACCGUGGACGUAUCACCUAGGGCUUCGUCGGAGGCGUACCAUAUCUGACUUUCCACGAGAUGAUCGAGAGGCAAGGAGGCGGGCGCCGAGGGCUCUACGAGGAUCCCUAAUCGAAUGAAAAUUCGGAUAUCCCGGAUGAUGAUCAUCGGGAACAAGAAGGUUCUUUUGGUCUUCCGCCCUUUGGUUUUGGUCCCGCCGUUGAGCGAGACAUAUGCAUGUUUAGAUCAUCUACUUA